AUGUCGACCAGCUCCAAUGAGUCCCCGGCCGUGUCCGGUCUCGACUACGACGACACAGCGCUCACCCUCGCCCUCCCGGGCUCCUCCCCCAACGACCGCAAGCCGGCCGUGGGAUGGCCGCCGGUGCGGGCAUACAGGCGCAACGCACUGCGCGAGGAGGGCGCGUGCAAGCUUGUGAAGGUGGCCGUGGACGGCGCGCCCUACCUGCGCAAGGUGGACCUCGCCGCUCACGGCGGGUACGAGGCGCUGCUCCACGCGCUUCAUGGCAUGUUCGUGCCCUGCCUCGCCGUCGUCCGCGGCGACGGUGAGCUGGGUUGUAGGCUCCUGGAUGCGUCCACCGGCGCCGAGUACGUGCCCACCUACGAGGACAGGGACGGCGACUGGAUGCUCGUCGGAGACGUCCCAUGGAAGUAA